GUGCGUUUUCUGGAGGGUUACUACAUCGUGCUGAUCACAAAACGCCGUAAAAUGGCCGAUAUCGGCGGUCACUCUAUAUAUAAGAUUGAGGACACUAAUAUAAUCUACAUUCCCAAUGAUUCGGUCAGAAUUACACACCCUGAUGAAGCCCGAUAUGUGAGAAUAUUCCAGAAUGUGGAUCUGUCCAGUAACUUCUACUUCAGUUACAGUUACGACCUGAGUCAUUCACUGCAGUAUAACCUGACGGUUCUUCAGACGUCCCGUGAGCCGAGCGACACAGAAGAGCUCAACACCAGCCGCUGUCAGGAGAGUUUUGACAUCUUUGAAGAAGAGGGACUGCCCACUCAAGUUGUGCACGGCGUGAGGAAUGAACCCUACUCGAAAUAUGUGUGGAAUGUUCGUCUGCUGGAGAAAGUGAAAGAUAUCGUGCAUCCUGAUUGGCUGCUGUACAUCAUCCACGGUUUCUGUGGCCAAUCCAAGUUAUUGAUCUACGGGCGUCCGGCGCAUGUGACUCUGAUCGCCCGGCGCUCCAGCCGCUUCGCAGGGACUCGCUUUCUGAAGAGAGGAGCAAACUGUGAGGGCGAUGUGGCGAACGAGGUUGAAACAGAGCAGAUUAUCCACGAUUCCUCCAUCACGUCCUUCACGUCAGGUCGUUUCUCAUCUUGUGUUCAGGUGCGAGGGUCGGUUCCUCUCCACUGGUCUCAGGACAUCUCCACCAUGAUGCCCAAACCUCCCAUACGCUGUAAGAGAAAACCUCCUGUUCAUUUACACCAGUACACUCGUGAAGAACACCAAACCUGUGAUGCCAUCUUGUGCUGUAUGUUCUUGACAUGGACAACUCUCAAUCUCAGACUUAUUCUUCGUGUUCAGAUGAUGUCAGUAAAGACGCUCUCAUGUACUGAAGCUUCUGAACGUCUCGCUGUUGCUUCAGAUUUCAUUUCAGCGUUUCUCAUCUGGAUCACAGUGACAUGUCAUUCACAGCGGCUCACACCGCUGAUAACUCACCUCAGAAAUCAUGUGUGCGCGUGUGUGUGUGAGUCUGUGUGUGUGCAUGUGUACACAUGAGUGUGUGUG